AUGUCCGAACUGAGAUAUGAUGGCCAGGUCGUUGUUGUCACUGGCGCCGGUGGAGGGCUAGGAAAAGCAUAUGCCCUGUUCUUUGGCUCGAGAGGAGCCUCAGUCGUUGUCAACGAUCUGGGAGGAUCAUUCAAGGGGGAGGGUACCUCGACGAAGGACAAAGCUGAUAGCUGUCUCUCUAUGCAGGCCGCAGAUGUCGUAGUCGACGAGAUCAAAGCCGCCGGCGGCAAGGCAGUAGCCAACUACGACAGCGUCGAGAACGGGGACAAGAUUAUCGAGACGGCCAUCCAGAACUACGGCCGCAUCGACAUUCUGCUCAACAACGCCGGUAUCCUCCGCGAUGUCAGCUUCAAGAACAUGAAGGACCAGGACUGGGAUCUGAUCAUCGCCGUCCAUGUAAAGGGUUCGUACAAGUGUGCCAGAGCUGCGUGGCCUUAUUUCCGCAAACAGAAGUACGGCCGGGUCAUCAACACUGCUUCCGCGGCUGGUCUUUUUGGAAGCUUUGGCCAGACGAACUACUCGGCUGCUAAGCUGGCUAUGGUCGGUUUUACCGAGACACUCGCGAAGGAGGGUGCGAAGUACAACAUCCAUGCAAAUGUCAUUGCCCCAAUUGCUGCCAGCCGUAUGACCCAAACUGUUAUGCCCCCCGAUGUCCUUGAGAAUCUCAGGCCCGAAUGGGUCGUACCUCUUGUGGCUGUCUUGGUGCACAAGGAUUGCGAUGAGAAUGGGUCCAUUUUCGAGACUGGAGGAGGCCACGUUGCCAAGCUUCGCUGGGAGCGAUCCAGCGGUCUUCUUCUGAAGGCUGAUGACUCUUAUACCCCUGGUGCUAUCCUGAAGAAGUGGGAUGAGGUCAACGACUUCAAGAAUGCCGAGUACCCAACCGGUGUUGCUGACUUCAUGGGUCUGCUUGAGAAGUCAAUGAAGAUGGGCUCCAAUGACAAGGGUGAGACUCUUGACUUCAAGGGCAAGGUUGCUUUGGUCACUGGUGGUGGCGCUGGUAUUGGCCGCGCAUACUGUUUGGCAUUUGCCAAGUACGGUGCUUCAGUCGUUGUCAACGAUUUGAUGAACCCAGACGAUGUUGUUCAGGAGAUUCAGAAGCUCGGCGGCAACGCAGUCGGUAACAAGGCUUCUGCCGAAGACGGAGAUGCUGUUGUGAAGGCUGCUAUCGAUGCGUACGGACGUAUUGAUAUUAUCAUUAAUAACGCCGGUAUUCUCCGUGACAAGGCGUUCGCUAAUAUGGAAGAUAAGCAAUGGGAUCAGGUCAUUGCAGUCCAUCUCCGCGGCACCUACAAGGUCACGAAAGCCGCUUGGCCAUACAUGCUUCAGCAGAAGUAUGGUCGUAUCGUGAAUACCACUUCCACAAGUGGUAUCUACGGUAAUUUUGGGCAGGCCAACUAUGCCGCAGCUAAAUGCGGUAUCCUCGGCUUCUCUCGUGCUCUUGCCCGUGAGGGUAAGAAGUACAACAUCUUGGUCAACACCAUUGCACCAAAUGCUGGUACUGCCAUGACCCGAACCAUCAUGCCAGAAGAGAUGGUCCAGGCUUUCAAGCCAGAUUACAUAGCACCACUCGUCGUUGCCCUUUGUUCUGACAAGGUGCCCGAGCCAGCAACCGGUGGUCUCUUCGAAGUCGGUAGUGGAUGGGCUGGCCGAACCCGCUGGCAAAGAACUGGUGGACAUGGCUUCCCAGUCGAUGAGACAUUGACCCCUGAAGCUGUCCUCAAGCAAUGGAAGCGCAUCACGGACUUUGACGAUGGCCGCGCAGAUCACCCAGAGGAUAGUAACGAUGGACUGAAGAGCAUCAUGGCGAACAUGCAGAACCGCAAGGGCGGUCAGAGUAAGCAGAGUGAAGAGCCUACAGAAGAAAAUGCUGAAUUCUUAGCCAACAUCGAGAAGGCUAAGAGGACUGAAGGUUCUGGUACUGAAUUCAAGUACGAGGAACGAGACGUGAUUCUUUACAACUUAGGUAUCGGAGCUAAGAAAACAGAUAUGCCAUACGUUUUUCAAAACAGCGAGGGAGACGAAAAUUUCCAAGCCCUGCCCACCUUCGGCGUAAUCCCCUUCUUCAGCGCCGAAACGCCGUACCAAAUCUCUGACCUCAUCCCCAAUUUCUCCCCCAUGAUGCUGUUACACGGCGAGCAAUACCUCGAGAUCCUCUCCUACCCGAUUCCUACGGCCGCGACCCUGGUCUCCAAGCCGCGACUCCUCGAAGUCGUUGACAAAGGCAACGCGGCCAUCGUCAAGUCUGGCGUCACGACCAUCAACAGGGAGACCGGUAAGCCGCUCUUCUACAACGAAAGCACGGUCUUCAUCCGCGGCUCCGGCGGCUUCGGCGGCAUCAAGAAGCCAGCCGACCGGGGCGCCUCCACGGCGGCCAACAAACCGCCGUCCCGCGCACCCGAUUUCACCGCUGAGGAGAAGACGACGGAAGAGCAGGCCGUGCUGUACCGCCUCAGCGGCGACUACAACCCGCUGCACGUCGACCCGGCGUUCGCCAAGAUGGGCGGCUUCAAGGCGCCCAUCCUGCACGGGCUGUGCUUCUUUGGGAUCGCGGCCAAGGCAGUCUAUCAGCGUUUCGGAGCGUACCGGAACGUGAAGGUCCGAUUCGCGGGGACGGUGCUACCGGGCGAGACGAUCGUCACGAGCAUGUGGCGGGAGGGGGGCAGGGUUAUCUUUGAGAGUCGGGUGAAGGAGACGGGGAAGUUAUGUAUUUCUGGGGGCGCAGUGGAGUUAUUGCAGGAGGGUGGGAAGGAGAAGUUGUAG